AUGGAGCAGUGGGGUUGCUACGGUAGCAGGGAGGGAGAUGAUGGGAUGGAUAGGGACAAUGCGGAUGACGACGAUGCUGCAUCGUCAGCUGCGGACGAUGAUGGUUCUAACUUGAAGAAUGAUGAGCAUCAUCCUCAUAACGAUGAUGAUGGUGGUGAAGCCGAACGUGCUGGUUUGAAACGUGUGCAACUCGAGAAGACAAAGGAGAAUUGGAGGAGCAGCAUCAUCACCUGGGCGGCUGGUAGUCAGCAUGAUCAUGUUGCUGAUCAGAGGGGACCCGGCACGUGGCCAUCUCGUGCUGUGCCUAACGCACAAGCACUCACUGCUGCUCGUGAUCUGCCUACAUUCGCUCCUGCAUCAUCAUCAGGAGGAACAGCAGGAACGGUGCCAGCGCCGCAGCCGCCGCCAUCAGCAGCCGUAGCGACAAACCCCUUAGGAGCUCGUGAAGCAGCACGAGGAGAGGAGGGAAGAAGAGCAGGAGAACAAGGAGCAGCGGCUGCAGCAACGGCCCUGCCUCUUGUUAAUUUGCCUGGACUGCCACAAAAUUCAUCAUCAGGCCUCUCUUUCUCAGCUGAUGCUACCUCAGGACAUUCCGAGGCCCCGAUUGAGGAUCAUUUGUCUCCCUCGCUCUCCGCAUGCCUCUCCACUUCAUUGCUCGUGAGUGCACCCCGCUCGACUGGGAAGGAGGGUCAUUUAUGUACUAUGCCCCAGUUCACUGCGACUGCAAACUUGACAGAAACGGAGAGGCGAACUGCUGCAGCCGCCGUAACAACGGAUCUGGCAGCUCCGGCAGCAACAGCAGCAGUAGCAGCAGCAGCAGCAGUAACAGCAGGAACAGCAGCGUUUGUUGACAAUAGGGGAGCACCAGGAGGUGACAUGAUGGGGCAAAAGGGUUUUGUCACUCCUACGUUCAAGGAUCUGGUACGGAUGGUGACAAAGCAAGGAUCGGCUGAGGCGGAAGCAGCACCAACAGAGGGUUUGGUGAAGCCAGCUCCUGCUUCCUCUCCUGCUACUGUUGCUGCUGCUGCUGCUACUGCUGCUGCUGCUCCUUUUUUUGGAGUGGGUUUGGAGGGAAAGAAUGAGGCAUUCGGUCGGAAUGCGCAACAAGGAACAGGAAGCACAGGACACCAGAGGCAGUGGGAGGGCGCAGGGGAGGGAUGGAUGGAUGGAAUGACCAGAGGAGGUAGCCGUGCAGGAAAGCGAAGAGGGGAUGCGAGCCUCCUGGAAGGAGAGGGAUUGCAACGGUACUGGAUUGGAGGUGGGAGUGCUGGCGCUGGUGCCAGCGCUGGUUCUGGUGCUGUUACAGGUGCUGCCGGACCUGCUGCUGCUUCUGCUUCUGCGGUUGCUGCUGCAUCUCGUGUUAGUGCGGCUGCUGGUGCUGCUGCUGGUGCUGGUGCUGGCGGUGCUGGUGCUGGUGGCGCUGCUAUUUUUGCAGCGACAAUGUCAGGGAUGCAGGCAAUCAGCAAGGCAGAGAGCAAGGGAGAGGGAGAGAAAAGUCUUGGAUUAGCGGUGAAGGAAGAAGGCACGGAGCAUCCAAGAGGCAGGGGAGAGGGAGGCAACUUGGGUUUGGAUUCCAACGAAAGUGCUUCCACGGUUGAAGUUAUAGAUCUGAACAUGACACCGGAUAUUCACCAUACGGACGUGCACAUUGGCACAGCAACAGAGAGCAAGGCUAUCAUUGCAGCGGCUGGUCAAGGAUUCUGGCCAAUUGCUGAAGGAGGAGAGCAAGCCGCAGCUGCAUCUGAACCGGAGAAGGGGAUCGAAGCACACAAACGAGGAAGAGGAAUUGGUGGACCAAGCGCGUGCGAGGGAUCUGCUGCUGCCGGCUCAUUGAGGCAACCGCAGGCUGAUGCCACUGGUGUGGUCGCAGUGUCUGGAGAUGCGAGGGAAGAAGAAGGAAGAGUGGAGCGGGACGGAGGGGAUAGAGGGGAAGGGAGAGUGGAUGAAAGGGGAGAAGGGGGUGUCAGUGGUGGCACGGUGCAUGGGGGCCGUUUCAAAUCGGCGAGAAACAUAGGUGGGGAGGAGGUAGCAAUAGAGGAAUACGCAGCGGGUGGUACUGACGGCGGCGGAAGCAGCAUCGACGGUGCUGCAAAGGUGCUUGCGGGUGUGAAGAUGUGUGGUGUGUGCAACAAGGUGUUUCUCUCAGGGCAGGCAUUGGGAGGGCACAUGCGGAAGCACUGGAAGGGCCCUCUCCGCGGCAGCACCAAGAGCGGCGUCACCAAGAGCGGCAGCACCAAGAGUGCGGGGGAGACAAAGGUUCCUGGUUCAAGGCAAGGGCAAGCGCAGUCAGGGGCAGGUGAGCAAGGACUGGAGAGCGAGCACAUGAAGCAGGAAGAGGGGCAGGCACAAGAGCAGGCGUGCGGACAGGAGGGGUUGGGAGGAGAGCAGUGGGUGAGAUGCGAAGCGGUGUGGUAUUGGCAGGAGUCGGAGGAGGAAGAGGAGGAGGAGGAGGAGGAGGAGGAGGAGGAGGAGGAGGAGGAGGAGGAGGAGGAGGAGGAGGAGGAGGAGGAGGAGGAGGAGGAGGAGGGCAGCUGCGGUUGGCAGAAGGCAUAUUGGUGA